UCAGUAGACACCAAAUCCUUGCAAAGUUCUCCGGUAGAUGGCAAGCAGAGUAGGGGAGUUGAGCUUCCUCCUGCUGCUCUGUCCUUGGGAGAAAGGGAUGCUGAUGCUGACAGGAAAGCAUGGAAACCAGCAGGGAAUACAUCACGCUUACAUGAUGUCCUUGUUUUAGAUGCGUUAUGACAGAAGACUGCUUUGGAGAGAGCAAUAAGACGCCUUUACUUACUGUGAUUUUAAACCAGGGAUUGAGACGUAAGAGCAGCUGAAAACAGUUACAUCGAAUUUGCGAGCUACGCUAAUUAAAAAGAAGAAGGCAAGUGGAAAAGCAGGUUUUUAAUCGACAGCAUAGGACAACCACAAAACUGUUCGUCAUCCUUCCGCAAAGCAAUGUAGUUCGUCAACACCAGCAAAUAAAGUUGUUGCUAAGCGACAAUGAAGUCUCAGGGCUCGCGCAUUGAUAUUUAAAUGAACUGUCAGGUGUGCGAUAAUUUACAACGUUUCGAAGGCGUGUCAGCCAAUCAGCGCUGAAGAGCGGGACUAGUGUUUUCUCAUAAAAACCUAAAUAACCUAGCAUGCAAACCUACAGAUAGGUAGCUAGCUAGCUAGUCUUGCGUUGCAAGACUAAUUUUCACAGCGUUGUGGAGCUAAGUACCGAUACAGCUAUAGCUUGUCGAGCACCAGUGUUCGUCGCCAAGAGUAUCUAAAGUGGAUUUCUUGGAUUUAGGUGAAGCUCACUACGUUGGACUCUUGUUUGCUCCUCCUGGUCGCCGGAGCCAACCUCCCUCCCCUUUGUAAUUACCAUUUUCCAACGAUGACAGAGUUUUCGAAGGGGCGCGUUGAUGGGAAACAUCCUCUGUCACACAGCCAAUGCUGCUUGAGCAGUGUAUGGAGGUUAUCUAAACCUAACGUUUGUUUACGAUGAUGGGACCUCGGUCAGACAUUGGAACACAGCCAGAGGCAGCCAUGAGCCCUCCACGCCGAUCAUCCAGCCCUCCACGCCGAUCAUCCAGCCCUCCACGCCGAUCAUCCAGCCCUCCACGUCGAUCAUCAAGUUCCCAUGGUGACAGGCCCUCCAAUGAGACCCUUCAGAGAAACAACAGCAGCAACUCUGGUGUCAUUCUGGACAUCUCGGCUCUCAAGAUGGCAGAAGUGGAUUCAGAGGUGCCUCCUCUUCCACCUCGCUAUCGCUUCAGGGACUUGUUGCUGGGGGACCAGACGUUUCAGAAUGAUGACAGGUAUCAAGAGGAGUACAGUAUGGACUCAACCAAUGCCCAGGUGCAGGUGGAGUUCUAUGUCAACGAAAACACCUUCAAGGAGAGGCUGAAGCUUUUCUUCAUCAAAAACCAAAGGUCAAGCCUCCGAAUCCGCCUGUUCAACUUCUCACUGAAGAUCCUCACCUGUGUCCUCUACAUAGUAAGAGUCAGCCUGGAUAACCCAAAUGAGGUCAACAGCAACUCAUGUGCAAUAUGCCCAAACAACAACAACAACACAGCAGACUCAACAGAAAUCAACUGGUCGUUGAUUUUCUGGGUUACCAGACGGGAACCUGUAUGGGCGAUACAGGUGACAGUGGCCUUAAUCAGUUUCUUGGAGACCAUGCUUAUCACAUAUCUCAGCUACAAGGGGAACAUUUGGGAGCAGAUCUUCCAGAUAUCCUUUAUAUUGGAGAUGAUCAAUUCAGUGCCCUUUAUAAUCACAAUCUUCUGGGCUCCACUGAGAAACAUAUUCGUUCCUGUAUUUCUUAACUGCUGGUUAGCCAAAGGUGCCCUGGAGAACAUGAUCAAUGACUUCCAUCGUGCCAUCCAGCGGACCCACUCUGCCAUGUUCAACCAGGUGUUCAUCCUCAUCUGCACCUUACUGUGUCUGGUUUUCACUGGAGCUUGUGGAAUCCAGCAUCUAGAGAGAGCUGGGAAGCACCUGACUCUGUUUGACUCUUUCUAUUUCUGCAUCGUCACCUUCUCCACUGUGGGCUACGGGGAUGUCACGCCACAAAUCUGGCCCUCCCAGCUGCUAGUGGUCAUUCUCAUCUGUGUUGCCUUGGUGGUGCUCCCACUACAGUUUGAAGAACUAGCGUACCUGUGGAUGGAAAGCCAAAAGUUAGGAGGGAACUAUAGUCGCCACCGGGCACAGACAGAGAAGCAUGUGGUGCUGUGUGUCAGCUCGCUGAAGAUUGACCUGCUCAUGGAUUUCCUCAAUGAGUUCUACGCUCAUCCCAGACUACAGGACUACUAUGUGGUGAUCCUGUGUCCAACAGAGAUAGACAUUCAGGUUCGCCGUAUCCUCCAAAUCCCUCUGUGGUCCCAGAGGGUCAUCUACCUUCAAGGAUCUGCCCUCAAAGACCAGGACCUGAUGAGGGCCAAGAUGGAUGAUGCUGAGGCUUGCUUCAUCCUCAGCAGCAGGAACGAGCUCGACCGUACUGCUGCUGAUCACCAGACUAUUUUGAGGGCUUGGGCUGCGAAAGACUUUGCUCCAAAUUGCCCUCUCUACGUCCAAAUUCUCAAACCUGAAAAUAAAUUCCAUGUUAAGUUUGCAGAUCAUGUAGUAUGUGAAGAGGAGUUCAAGUAUGCCAUGUUGGCGCUGAACUGCGUGUGUCCCGCCACAUCUACCUUAGUCACUCUCUUGGUUCACACCUCCAGAGGACAGGAGGGUCAGAUGUCACCGGAGCAUUGGCAGAGGAUGUAUGGACGUUGCUCUGGAAACGAGGUUUACCACAUCCGCUUGUGUGACAGCAAGUUUUUUGGGGAGUAUGAUGGGAAAAGCUUUACCUACGCCUCUUUCCACGCACAUAAGAAAUACGGUGUGUGUUUGAUCGGAGUGAAGAGGGAGGACAACAAGAGCAUCCUUCUGAACCCCGGCCCCCGCCACAUCAUGGCUGCCCCUGACACUUGCUACUACAUCAACAUCACCAAGGAGGAGAACUCAGCCUUCAUCUUCAAACAAGAGGAGAAGCACAACAAAGGCCUGUCCGUCACCGGCCUCUACGACGCCCCCUCCAGGCUGCCCGUGCACAGCAUCAUCGCCAGCAUGGUUGAUCAGGCCACUGCAUAUGGCACUGUAGCUAUAGAUCUCCAGAACCCUGAUCCUCCCGAGGAAAGCAGCAAGCUGACCUUGCCGACGGAGAACGGCUCUGGAAGCCGCAGGCCGAGCAUCGCGCCUGUCCUAGAGAUCACUGACUCCUCUGCCAUUCUGCCCUGCGACCUCCUCAGCGACCAAUCAGAGGAUGAGACCAACCAAUCUGACGACGAGGGCUCUGUAGGAUCAGAUUUUGUGAAGGGCUACCCUCCCAACUCGCCCUACAUCGGCAGCUCUCCCACUCUGUGCCACCUCCUGCCACAGAAAGCUUCAUUCUGCUGCCUUCGUCUCGACAAGGGCUGCACACAUAGCAGUUUUGAGGAUGCCAAGGCAUACGGCUUCAAGAAUAAGCUGAUUAUAGUGUCUGCAGAGACAGCCGGAAACGGUCUCUACAACUUCAUUGUCCCUCUGCGCGCUUACUAUCGACCCAGGAAGGAGCUCAACCCCAUAGUGCUGCUGCUGGACAACAUGCCAGACAACCACUUCUUGGAGGCCAUUUGCUGCUUUCCAAUGGUUUACUACAUGAAAGGCACGAUCGAUAGCUUGGACAACCUGCUACAGUGUGGCAUAAUCUACGCUGACAAUUUAGUGGUUGUGGACAAGGAGAGCACCAUGAGCGCUGAGGAGGACUACAUGGCAGACGCUAAGACCAUUGUCAACGUCCAGACAAUGUUCAGGUUGUUCCCCAGUCUCAGCAUCAUCACUGAGCUCACACACCCGUCCAACAUGAGGUUCAUGCAGUUCAGAGCCAAGGACUGCUACUCGCUCGCUCUCUCCAAACUGGAGAAGAUAGAGCGUGAUAAGGGCUCCAACUUGGCCUUCAUGUUCCGGCUGCCGUUUGCUGCAGGCAGAGUGUUCAGCAUCAGCAUGUUGGAUACACUGCUUUACCAGUCGUUUGUUAAGGACUAUAUGAUCGCUAUAGCAAGGCUUCUCCUCGGUCUAGACACCACGCCUGGCUCUGGGUACCUGUGUGCUAUGAAGAUCACGGAGGAGGACCUGUGGAUCAGGACUUACGGCAGACUCUUCCAGAAGCUUUGUUCCUCGAGCGCUGAGAUCCCCAUAGGGAUCUACCGCACAGAGUCCCACAUGUUCUCAACCACAGAGUGCAAGGGCAGUAACGCACAGUCUCAGAUGUCCAUCAACAUACAGCACGGCGAGGAGCAUCGUGAGCACGGAGAGUCCUGGAAGGAGAAGACGGCCCACAGAAACUCCUCGGCGAGCGACCAAUCAGAGCACCCGCUGCUGAGGAAGAAGAGCAUGCAGUGGGCCCGACGGCUGAGCAGGAAGACCACCAAACCGUCCAGCAGGGCAGAGCGAAUCUCGCAGCAGAGACUCAACCUGUACCGACGCUCCGAGCGACAGGAGCUGUCGGAGCUGGUCAAGAAUCGCAUGAAGCACCUGGGCCUGCCCACCGUGGGAUACGAGGAUGUUUCUAAUCUCACAGCGAGCGAUGUCAUGAAUCGAGUAAAUCUAGGAUAUUUGCAAGAGUUGCAGGAUAUUUCAGAGCACCCGUAUACAGAGGGGACCAGGCCUUCAGGGCCACAAGCAGACGAGAUGAACGACCACCAGAACACGCUGUCCUACGUCCUCAUCAAUCCGCCUCCUGACACCAUGCUGGAGCUCAACGACAUUGUGUACAUUAUCCGGUCAGACCCGCUGGCACACAUGCCAGAGGACUCACAGGUGGGGCAGGCCCGCAGCACCAGGAACCAGCAGGACUUUGGCACAGAGACAAGAGACGAGACUCACCUCUAAAAAAAAAAAAACAACAAAAAAAUACAUCGAUCCUCGACACCCUGACACCUUAAUCUGUAAGCCCCGCCCGGGCCGACAAAGCAUGUUUGUCUCACCCAUGGACGCUGGUCUCUGGCCAAGAACAGCAGUCCAUAGUACAUGUGCAUUACGUGUCCCCUAGCCUCCGAUCAGAAAUAAUCAACCGUUUAAAAGAUGACCCUGAGAGGCCGGCUGUUCCCCCAGCGAGCUGCUACACGAGGACGCAUGAAGAGUGCCUCGCUAUCGACCACGACUCCCCUCGCACAACGUCUUUACUAACACAGUUCACCGUCGCAACCAAGCACAGGAAACGGCUAACUCCUUCCAACCAAAGGACUCAGUUAUUUUAGUGGAUGCUGUGAGCGGUCUUUGAACAGUCAAAAGCUUUUUGUGCACACACCGUACAGGACAUCAUUUCACUCUGUGUGAGAACGGGCCACGUCUUAGGCCGACUUCCUCUACGCCUGUUUCUGCCUAAACUCACAAAGAGCCAAAUCUCGGGGCAACUGCACCCCCCUCCCCCCACAUCUUAACAUUCACUAAAUUUCUAACAAUUUAAGCAUUUACCAUGAAAUGACAGUACAUGUGCACUUUACUUAUUUAUUACUUAUGUCUGUUUUCGUUUUUGUCCGUUUCCAAUCAGACAGGAUUUUCAUUUUCUUUAUGAGCACAAACUUUUUUACAACAAACUGUCAUCUGUGGAUAUAUACACACUGUAGUGGCUCUUUAAUCAGCCAUAUUAGAAUUGUCAGCAUUUCUCUCUUUGUUGUGUUGGACACUGGUUUCCAAUGUGGUUAUUGUUUAAGAAUGAAUAUUGUUAUUUUAUUUCACUAUUUUAAGUGUCCCAAAUCAUCAGUCUGCUAUACAGUAUGUGCCCAUUUUUUGUUUAUUCUAUUGCUUUGUAAAUAUCUUGAAAAUGAUGUGUACAGGAUGUGCCAUUUUGCAUCUGUUUUGUGAUAUCAGUGUUAUUGUUUUUUUCCUUAUUGAGCUGUGUCGAUUUAUUGGCUGGGACGAUUUUGUCAGCUGAUCUGAUUUUUGUCAAACAUAUUAUUUUAACGUAUUUCGAGUGUGCCCACAACACUUAGCAAAACUUAAUCAUAUUCAUAGAUUUGUUUUAUUUUUUUAUUCAUAGCUGUUUAAUGUUUAUAUGCAUUUAUGUAUUCAUUCAAAACUUUUUAAAACCAGAUUUAAAGGAAUAGUUUGAAGUCUGGGUAGGUAACCCUAUUUGCUAUUUUGAAAAGUUAGUUGAGAAGCUUGACACCUUUCUCAUGUUGUAUGAUAAUUUAAUAGUAUUUUAGUUUAAUUGUAUACUUUUCUUUAAUCCCCAGUGGAGAAAUUACAAUUUACACUCUGUUAGAAAUCUCUCUGAAAUACGCACGUGCACGUGUGUUGUUGUUUUUACACACAUUUGUGCAGACUAAACAUGCUAUUAAGUGUUAUUGCGUAAUAGUUAGUAGUUUUAAGUGCUGGUGAUUCGGGGGAAAACCGGACCAGCUGUUUCCCACUGCUUCUCAUGUUUAUGCUAAGCUAACAGUCUCCUGGCUGUGGCUUUUUAAUUCAGAGUAGCAUCAAUAUUCUCAUCUAACUCAAGCAAAUAAGCGUGUACCCAAAUUGUCAAACUACUUCUUUAGGUAUUCAUAAUUGUUUUAAUCAGAAAUACUUCAAAUUAUAUUGUCAUCAAAUGGCUUUAACUUUAUAGGUCCUGUGGCAUGUAAACUUCUCUUUAUGAGGUUUUUUAACAUUAAUAUGAGUUAUAGCUACAGACUCAGAAAGGACUCAGAAAUCAGAAUAAAGCCGAUUCUGAUUCUGACAGAUCCUAAGGAGAGCUCAUUGUGGGACUGGCUCUAGUCGCUGUAAUUCUACACCGAGGCUGAAUUUUGGGAAAGAGACUUCAGAUAUGGUAUUAGGGGACCACUAAGGUCUAUAUAAAAGCAUCCAAAAAGCAGCAUGUCAUGAGACCUUUAAUAUCAAUAUUGGCCUCAUGAAUCCAGUAUUAGUCAGACUCUAGUGUUUUUUUUUAUUAUAUGUAUUUAUAAUGUAAUCCUCCUGUUUCAUAACUCUUUCCCAUGUUGCAGUUUAACUGGUAGCAGAAUGUUUUGCACAGACCGUGACAGGCACAGUCAAGUCCCUUUCUAUCCUGUAAUCUGUUUCUAAAUAUCUUUGGAACGUACUUGAGCUGAAAACAAAGUGUUCUCCACUCCAAACUGUACAGCCAAUCAGUGUGCAGUAUUUAUUCCUCGUUUAUCAUUCCUCAGCUCUAUGUAAUUCACUGUAAAUAGUAACUUUAUAUAUUUAACAUUUGCCGUUCGGUUUCGGUCUCGUCUGUAUGAUGAAAGUGAAAGAGGACUUGAACUAUUUUUUGCACUAAGCUCUGCAGGGAUGCGUAGAGCAGAACAGCAUGACCCUUUAAUCUGAAUAACACAGUGGAUAGUAUUCAACCGUUGCUGGGAAGCAAAGACAAGUCAAACGUGCAGUAACAUGUCAUGCGUUUUGUUGUUUUGGUUUACAUUGCAGAUGUUAGAAAAGUAUUUUUAUGAGUGUCAUUCUAUUUAUCUGUAAAGGAAUAAGAAGCGAUAGUAAAGAUGAUGAAGUAAUCUCAGAUGGAUUUGUUUUCUCUCUGAGAUCUGCCAAUGUUUUUUAAUUUUUUUUUUUAUAAAAGGAAUCAGCAUAAGCUUUUUUGUGUUUAACAAUAUGUAUUUUGCAAAGAGUCCCAUUGAAAUGUACUGUUGAUCUUUACUCAGAAGUGUCAGAUUACACGGCAGGAGAGCAGAGGAGUGAUAGCGCGAGCGAGCACGAUGGAAGAUUCGAUCGGUGUGCGGAUCCAUUCAUUUAACGUCUUCCUCGGUCCUCACUCCACUCCAGAGUCCACUUCAGAUCUCUUACUGUUCAUACAAGUACCACAAGGGGCAUGCAAACACUAAACAGCAUGUUUUGAUAUACAAGCUUGCCAAGAAUGAUACAUUUUGUACAUUUAGUGAUGUCCCAUGGCUAGAGAAACACAUAACACAUAAGUCAACUGCUUGCAAGUUGGAGCCAUUAUUUGAUACUGUGUAUUUAUAUGAAUGGAACAUGCAUGUUGUGUCCAGGUGUUAUCAUAUUAUGUUUACCUCCACGUUAUGUUUUUAAGUCACUGUCAAAAGGGGUUGAUUCAUUUUGUACUAUUUCUUAUAAGAAGCGAGUGUACUUCUCGACGUAUGAAAUAUGAACAAAUAAAUGCUGCAUGCAGCCAGAUACAA